AUGUCCUCUCGGGAUUCUUCUGAAGCCUCCUCUGGUUCAGAAGUUAAUGAAGAGGAUUCAGCUAGCAGUGUUGGUAGUGAUCAAGAUGAGGACUCCUCGACCCCUGAUCCGUCGUCUAGAGUGAUCUUGCCCCAUCAUGAUCCUGCCAUUCAUGCUCAUUCCAGGGAUGCCUCUAUUUCUGAAUGCAAUGCGCCCAAGGGUAUUGACCCAGUUCAGGGCGGUUCGGUGGUCCCCGUGUCUUCUCCAGUGGAAGUGCCUAGUGUAGCUCACAACCACCCUCCCACCAAGGCAGCCAAACCGAAAUCAAGAAAUCGGGGUGGCUCUAAAAGGCGGGGCCUUGGUGACCCCAUUAAGCAGGCCAAAAUUAGAGCCCUUGUUAGAGCUCAUAAUAUCUCUUGCAUUGGCAUACUUGAGACGAAGAUUAAUCAGUCCCUUUUUGAAAAGAUAUCAAUUGGGCUUCUACCUGGCUGGGUUUGGACUGCCAAUUACAAUUAUUCUCCUCGUGAAAGAAUCUGGAUUGGGUGGAAGCCCUAUGAGGUUGACCUGCAAGUCAUCUCCUUAUCCUCUCAAGUUAUCCACGGCCAUAUCCGUGUUUUGGCUCUCAAUAAGACUUGUUUCUUCUCGGUUGUGUAUGGGGAGCAUACCUUUACUGCUAGGCGUUCUUUAUGGGCUGACCUUAUAAGGUCCAGCGUUCCUUUUGAAGCUGAACCUUGGCUGGUUGCAGGCGACUUCAAUGCCAUCCGAUUCGACUCGGAUAGGAUGGGUAGUUCUAAUACAUGGAUACCGGCGUUUGAUGAAUUUGGCCAUUGUCUAGAUCAAGCUGGCCUGGAUGACCUAAGAUACAUUGGCCAUCGGUUUUCUUGGGCAACAUCAUCUGGUGCCUCGCGCAAACUUAGGAAAAUUGAUAGAGCAUUGGUUUGGGAUUCUUGUAUUGGUGGUACUCCCAUGUAUGUCCUUUGCCAAAAACUUAAACUGCUCAAAGGGCGUCUCAGGCAGCUCAAUAGAGAUUCUUUUUCAGACAUAUCGGCGCGUACAUCGCAAGCCAGGGCUGAACUACUGGCUACUCAAGACGCCCUAGUACUGGACCCUUUCAAUUCGGACUUGGCUAUCCUGGAAAAGGACCAUCUUCAGAAAUCCGGUCUGUGGUGGAUCGAGCCCUCAGUCCUGAUCAAAUUCUCUCUCUCUAGAGAAGUAACUGCUCUUGAAAUUCGGAAUGCAUUCUUCUCCCUUGCAAAAGGUAAGGCCCCCGGUCCCGAUGGCUUUAAUGUUGACUUCUUUACAUCUUCUUGGGAAACUGUGGGGCCUUCGGUUGUGCUCGCCAUUAAGGACUUCUUUCGGUCAGGAUCAUUGCUUAAGGAGAUCAAUACAACGAUUCUCACUCUUGUGCCGAAGAUCCCCAAUGCCUUGUCCAUGAAUGACUUUAGGCCUAUUGCCUGUUGCAACUCUGUCUAUAAAUGUAUUACUAAGAUUUUGGCUAAUAGGCUUGCCUCUGUUCUGCCAUCCAUUAUUAGUAAUUCCCAAAAUGCUUUUGUCAAGGGGCGGAGGAUUGGAGAUAACAUCCUUCUUGCUCAGGAGCUCUUUGCGGGGUUUCAUCAUGACCCUUAUCGGCCAAAGUGUGCAAUUAAGGUUGAUUUUCAAAAGGCCUAUGACACAGUUGAUUGGGCUUUCUUGGAAAUGGUUUUGCAAACCUUUGGAUUUCCCCAGUUGUUUGUUAAACUCAUCAUGGAGUGUGUGACAUCCCCGAAAUUCUCCAUUUCCAUAAAUGGGGAGUUACAUGGAUUCUUUUCUAGUGACAGAGGAAUACGCCAAGGGGAUCCCAUGUCUCCCUACCUCUUUACACUAGUGAUGGAAGUACUCUCUGGGAUUCUCAACACUUGUGCGUGGUGUCCGGGGUUCAAAUACUUCUGGAGGUGUAAGCCAGUGGGUUUAACCCAUUUGUUCUUUGCUGAUGAUGUCCUUUUAUUUGUUGAGGGGAAUACAACCUCUACUACCUUGUUGAAGGAAGGACUGGACCUGUUCUCUAAGUGGUCUGGUUUGAAACCUAAUGUCAACAAAAGUGAGAUUUAUCUCUCUGGUGGAUCGGCGGAAAUACGUGGACAAAUCCGAAAUGUGUUUGGCUUCAAUGAAGACAGUUCCUUUGGAAGGGCCCGGACCUUGGUGUUGGUGGAGCUAGAGUCCCCUAGUGUGAUGUAUGCCUCCCUAAAGAGGAAGGUGGCUUGGAGUCCUGAUCGUUUCGUGUGGAAGGGCCAUUCGACGGGCGUCUUCUUUGUGGUCUCGGCAUGGGAGCAGAUCAGAAUCUGCAAACCGAUUGUCCCUUGGAGCUCUUUCGUGUGGGAUCAGAGCAUCGUGCCGAGGAAUCAACCCCUCUUUGUGCCGGCCCUACGGCAACACCUUGCAAAGCUCAUAAGGGAUAGAGGUCUGUCCCUCAAGCCUGUUGAAGAUAAUCCUCGGAACAGGAGGAUCCAAGUCAAUUGGGGUAUUUCGCCUACCAUUUUUGAUUAA